ACGGCAGUGAGAAUGUGACGGGUUUGGACUUGUCGGACUUCCCGGCCCUGGCGGACAGGAGUCGAAGGGACGGGGGAUCGAACCCGACGCCGCUGCUCAACCCGCUGGCUGGUCGGGCCCCGUACGUUGGUAUGGUAACCAAGCCGUCCAGUGAGCAGUCGCAGGACUUCUCCAUCCACAACGAAGACUUCCCCGCCCUCCCCGGGCCCAACUACCAAUCGAAAGACACCACCAGCGCCAGUGAGGACAGCAAAACGCGCGCUCACGUCCUGACUCGUCCCAUUUUUUCGGAAUGUUUUUUCCCUCCGUUUUUGUCCAAUCAGAAUCUAAACUCGUCGGGAAAGCCCGCCUCCAACUCCGACGGUCCAAAGUUCCCUGGCGACAAGAGCUCGGCGCCUAGCAACAACAACCAGCAGAAGAAAGGGAUCCAGGUGCUUCCCGACGGGCGCGUGACCAACAUCCCGAUCGGCAUGGUAACGGACCAGUUCGGGAUGAUCGGCCUGCUGACGUUCAUCCGGGCGGCGGAGACGGACCCCGGCAUGGUGCACCUGGCGCUGGGCUCUGACCUCACCACGCUGGGCCUCAACCUCAACUCCCCCGAGAACCUCUACCCGAAGUUUGCGUCUCCGUGGGCGUCGGCUCCGUGUCGACCGCAGGACAUCGACUUCCACGUGCCCUCAGAGUAUUUAACCAACAUCCACAUCAGGGACAAGCUAGCAGCCAUCAAGUUGUCUCGGUACGGUGAAGACCUGCUCUUCUACCUCUACUACAUGAACGGAGGAGACCUCCUACAACUCCUGGCUGCAGUAGAACUGUUCAACCGGGACUGGCGGUACCACAAAGAGGAGCGGGUCUGGAUCACGCGGGCCCCGGGGAUGGAGCCCACGCUGAAGACCAACGCCUACGAGAGGGGCACCUACUACUUCUUCGACUGCCUCAACUGGAGGAAGGUGGCCAAGGAGUUCCAUCUGGAGUACGAGAAGCUAGAAGAGCGACCUCACGUUCCCUCCACGUUCAACUACAAUCCCGCCCAGCAGGCCUUCUGAUUGGCUCUACCUCCUCCUGCCUGCCUGCCAUUGGCCCUCCUGGCUCCGCCCCCCCACACACAUAACAAAGCAAAUCUGGCCAAUGAGGACGUCCCGAUCCCCCAAAAAAACGAUCUUGAAUAGACUUCAUGAUUUUAAACCUUUUUCAGAUUUAUUUUGUUUGUUUUUACCCGUUUCCUCACUUUCUGUUUAGUUUUUACCCCCCCCCCCCUCAGUGGAGCACAGACUUAACGUUCAGCACACAGCAACACGAGCACUGUAAAUAACUGUCCAUCUGACCAGUGAUUCCUUCUCGUCUUAAACAUUGGGGACUAUUUUUGUCCACUGAAGCUUUUAAGAACCAGAUUUUAAACCUCACUCAGAAUUCACCUGUCGGUGGAUAAUUAUUUCUUUCUGUGUCACUUUGAUCUUUGGCAGGAAAAUAUUUAUCUUUGUUUUUACCAGGUUGUUUUUCCAGCAGCAUUACAAAUCAACAACAACAACAACAACAACACAUCAGCAGACAGUCAGGAGAGAAAAUGCAAUGUACAUUGUAGCACUAUUUCAUAAUAAAAGAAGAGAAAAUACCUUUUUUUCAGGGCGGUCUUUAUAAUACGGCGACAUGAUUUUAAAGUCAAGCCGUUUGAAGGAAACUCAGAAUCUUCAUCUACAAAUAUUUAUUCGGCGAUAAAAAUGAAACAUCCGGUUGAUGAAUCAGAAAGAGAAAGUAGAACCCUCGGCGCAUUAAUCCACAUUGUACGUUAAAUCAGAGAUAUUUUACUCUUAUUUGUAUCCUUUUCAUCAUUGAUUAAUGGAAGACAAUAUAUUGUUCAAAAAUAAUAGUUGACGCCACUUUUAUUAAGAGCCCAAAUAAUAACGGCAUUUUUUGAUUUUUUAAAUUUAUUUAAAGAUGAAAUUGAAUAACGAAAAAAAAAAUCGAAUAACCUCAGAUUUAUUGUUCAAAAUAAAACAACAUAACGUUACGGGCAUGAAUUAUGAGGGCAAAUAGAAAUACACAUAAUCUAAAAUAUUCAAAUAGUUUGAAUUCGAUUGUGAGCACAUCCCACUUUUAAUUCUAUUCUUUUUCAUCUUGUUUUUAUUAUGGUUUUAUUCUAACAUUCUCCUUCCAGAGGAACCCCUGUUUUCUUUCACCUGUUUAUUUUUAAGUUAUUCUUCUUUUAUUUGAAAGGUAUUGUUUAAUUUCCGCCUGGCAACAGUUCAAACCAAUCAGACGCCUCUCAGGAUCAUUAAACCAAACAAAAAAUAAACUUAAUUUUCCUUUUGACGGCCAGAUGUUCAGAUCGAUGUCAUUCAGGCGUAAUCCAGCUACCACGCUACGGCUAGCUAACAUUAGCUUAGCUUAGCAUCAAGAUGUCUUUUACACUUCAGUUUUUAUACAGAUUGAAUAAAUUGGAUGAACAGUUAACUGGCUUCAGAGGAGAAAGGAUUGUGUCCCCUUUGGACAGAGCCAGGCUAGCUGUGUCCUGUUUCCAGUCAUUAUGCUAAGCUAAGCUAGCCCGCUGCUACCGUUAGCUUCACAUCCAGCGUAGAGACACAAGACUUGCAUCGAUCUGAACAUCCGGCUCGAGGAAGCAAAGACUGUUUCCUAAAAUUUGACUUUUAGUCUUCAGCCUCCGUUGAGACGCGUAUACAGAUGUUUAUGAAAACAUAUUUCUGUUUUAUCACCAAACCUCCUUUUUACAAAUCAGAUCCGUCCACACGAGAGAAAAAAAACCUCCAGAUUUAACUUCAGUGAGCUUAUUUUCUAGCAGUUAUUUCACUAUUCACACACAAUUGAUAAGUUAUAGUAAAAAGUUAUUAUCAGCAAAUAACAACGUGCGACACGUGAACUCAUGAAAAUGUUUACUUUUUUGCAAAUUUUGUGUGGAUUUGAGACCAAAACGUAAAGGAGAAUUCAAAAGAAAAAUAUAUAAAUGUACAAGUAGACUGAAUCCUAAAAUCAUCACCAGCCACCAGGAAUAAUCCCUUUUUUAACAUUAGAUAUCAGAUUAAGGUUAUUUUUAAAUCCUCUCCAGCAGGCACCAAUGUGCAGGUGUGUUCAUAUAGAUAUAGAUAUUAUAUAUAUGAACACACCUGCAAAGACCAGGCAGUGUUUUCAAGAAAAAAGGUAAAAAUAAACAAAAGGUUCUGAAACGAGGACGCCGUCCAUCAGCUGGUCACCAGUAAACGAUGCAAUACGAGACGCUUGUUCCAGGCGACCAACGACAACAACAACAACAACAACAGCAGCAGCGACCACCGCGACCACGUGACCUUCGGCGACGAGGCCCAGCUCGUUCACACUGCAGCAGCGAAAAGCCAAGGACACGCCCCCAGGCCCCAUGUGACACGCAUGGGGCGAUCUGAUUGGAGGAUUUGAGGACUGAGGCACUUGGCCGUUUGGCUGUUUUAUUAAAUAUGGCAGCUAGUGUUUUAAUAGGAAAAAGAAUAAAAUAAAUAUUCUGGUAAUGAAACUGAA